AAGAGAUAAUAUUAAACUUUCUUAGAGACAAAUGAAAUGAAAAAUAAUACAAACCAGUAUUCAUUAGAUAAAAGUGUUAAUUUGAUCUGCAAAUCCAUCAGUGGAAGUGAAAAGAUUGAGGUGGAAAUAUAUAGUUCAUUUCAUUGGCCAAUAAAUAUCAAUUUGUUCAUUGAGAAUGCUGCCAUUAAGCAUUUUUCUCUGGUUUGCCAUAACUGUGUCAAUAGUGAAUGGCCAAAAUUCGUACAAAACGAUAAAAACCCAAACAACCCUAAUUAGAGGUCAACUGGAGAAAACCAUUUGGCUAGAAACACCAUUUUAUUCCUUUAAGGGAAUACCAUACGCCCAAGCACCAAUUGGUAAACUUCGCUUCAAGGCACCCCAAUCAGUGGCAUCGUGGCCAAAACAGAUUGACGCAUUUGAAUAUGGUAAUAAAUGUGCCCAAAGAUUGAACAAAGGUGGUUUCCAAUUUUCUGCAGUAACGGAAGAUUGCCUCAAUUUGAACGUAUUUGUUCCAGCCAACGCAAAUGAAACAAAAAGGUUGCCAGUCCUACUCGUUCUUCCCGGUGGCCUAUUUGCAGGCGGAUCUGGUGAUGAUGCGCUUUAUGGUCCAGAUUUUGUCAUCGAAAAUGAAAUAAUCCUGGUAACGCUGAACUAUCGAGUUGGAAUAUUUGGUUUUAUGUCGUUGGGCUUACCCGAACAGUCGGGAAAUAUGGGAAUGAAAGAUCAACAAAUGGCCAUGAAAUGGAUUCAUGAAAAUAUUGGUGCUUUCGGCGGUGACAAUAACAAGAUUACUAUUAUCGGUUUUAUAUCAGGUGGAAAGGCUCUUGGUUUGCAUUUACUCAACGAAAAUUCGUCAAAAUAUUUCAAUCAACAAAUAACUAUAAGUGCAACAGCAAACAAUAUCAAUACUUUGGAUGGUGAUCAUAGAUGUCUGAUUGAAUAUUUUUACGAAAAGCACAAUAACUCAAGCCGUCCAAGUGAUGAGCAAUUGAUUGAGUUCCUCGAAAAUGCAGAUGUUAAUGACAUUCUUGAUUUCAAUCAAGAAGCUGUUGGUGGUCCUGAUGGAGUAAUUACUGCUUGGAAUCCAGUCAUUGAAAAAUCAACUGCGAAACAGCCAUUUCUCCUUGAAGAUCCACUAACAAAAUUGAUGAAAACAAAAGAAGUCAACAAAUCCUCAUAUUUUACCUCCGCUCAAUAUGAACAACUGAGGUUUACCGAUCGCACAAAUGGUUAUUCAAAUCCAGAAGUUAUAGACGCAUUUUUGAAAGACUUUUACACCAAUUUGCCAAUUUUCGGAUACAAUGAAACACUUUUAAAAAAGCCUGACUAUCUUGACAAUGUAUGGAGAAAAAUCCGUAAAUUUUAUUUUGACAAUGCGACCAAUGAUCAUGACCGGUUCAUACAACGACUUCACUUGGACUCAGAUGUAAAAUAUGUGUAUUUCGUUGAAAAGUGGAUGGAGCAACUCGUUUCCGUCUCUACUAAAGAUACAUUUUACUCUCGAUUUUCACUUUCCACCAAACUGAAUCCACAUAAACUUUUGCAGGCAGGUGCUCAUGCUGACGAAUAUUGCUACUUAUUCCGGUGUCGUCAAUUUAACGAAUACUACCAACAAAUAAAUGCGAAUAAAGACAGUGACGAGAAUGCUUCGAUUGCCUUUAAAGCAUUGAAAAAUAUGCAAACACUGUUUUAUAAUUUUGUCAAAUACGGAAAUCCUAUACAUAAUGGUGAACCGAUUGAGCAAUUUAAACCGAUUGAACGCUCAAGUAAAGCGGACCAAUUUAAUUUUAUGGAUGUGAAAAAUGAUGGUUUAGCAGCAGGAAUAGGACCAAAUGCAAAUCGUGCCGAGUUUCUGGGUAACAUUGUUGAAGAAGUAAAGCAUUUGGUUGCAGAACAUGGAGAAACACCAGAAGAUACACAACUUCAGCAGAUAUGCGAAGCAGUCAAGCUUGGUAAAUGGUAGAGUUUAUCGAUGCUUCUAUCCGUAGUAUUCGAUAGUUAUAUUUGUUUCAUGUGCAAGAAGAAAUGAAUUAAAAUUUCAGCCAAAGUGCUAGAAUCCACUUAAGUCAAAUCAAUUGUUCAUUCUUAAGUUAAGUCAAUUAUCAGCACUCUUAAAUCAAAAUGAAUGGAUAUGAUUCAAAUUGAAUAUUUUCCAAUUCUAUUUUACGUUCAGUAAUAUUGUAAUCGGAAAAUUAUCGUUUAAUGAUCUUUUGUUGUUUAGAUAAACUAAAAGGUAUUUUGUGGUAAAUAACAUUCCUUUGUUUUUGUUUAAGUGUUGAAGCGUUGAAUGAAUAUAGCAAAGUAUUUUUGUUUUAUUAAAUAUUUGAAAGGUUUUCUUCUUUUUUCUUAAGAUCUUGUUCUAUGUACAAAAUUAUACAAGUUUAAAUAAUAUUUGGAUUGAAUAUUGGGGAAAAUAUAGAGGGUAUCUCAUCUGAUAUAUAUGAUCGGAGAGAUGGCUGGGAAUUUCGCAAAACCAAAUAGAUUUGUCUGAACAUUUCAUUAAAAUUGAUUGCCCCACCCGUACAAUUAUCGAAAUUCAAAUUUUAUUACACAAAUCAACGUGUCAAGUGAAGGUACCCAAAAUUCUUAAUUAAAAAACUGCAUUUUGACUAUUUA